UGUUAAAGAAAAAAAUCGCCAGGAACUGAUACUGAACUGAAAUUAUUUUGCGUGCAUUCUCUAUCCUCUUUCUAUUUUUUUUCCUUUAAAGUAUACUGAAUAUUAUUUAAUUAAUUAAUUAGCAUGGCUAAUAUCGCAGCGAAACGCAUCAAAAGAGAGUUCAAAGAAGUGAUGAACAGUGAAGAGGUAGCUGGAGGAUACAUCAAGCUGGCGCUAGUGAACGACAGUUGGACAGAACUCCAGGGAACGAUAGUAGGACCUCCCGACACGCCGUAUGAAGGCGGCACAUUUCAGUUAGAAAUCAAAGUUCCUGAGACUUAUCCAUUCAAUCCACCCAAGAUCCGCUUCGUGACCAAGAUCUGGCACCCAAACGUGUCGUCGGUGACGGGCGCCAUUUGCCUGGACAUCCUCAAGGACCAGUGGGCGGCGGCGCUGACGCUGCGCACCGUGCUACUGUCUAUACAAGCGCUGCUCUCCGCCGCCGAGGCCGGGGACCCCCAGGACGCGGUGGUGGCGAAGCAGUACCGCGAGAGCCAACAGCUCUUCCUGCUCACAGCCCGCCACUGGACCAAUGUCUACGCUGGGGGUCCCUCCGCCAUCUGGGAGUUUGACCAGAAGGUCCAGCGCCUCCUUGACAUGGGCAUCGACGAGCAUGAGGCGAGAGUCGCACUGUCUCACUACGACUGGGAGCUGGAACGGGCCACAGAACAACUCUUCAGUUAGUCUUUUCAAUAUGUUCAGUUUCCUCGGUCAUUUAUGCUACUAUCUGUUUUGCGUCUGCCACUCUAGCUCUUCGUUCAUUGCUGAUUACUUUGCUGCGUAAUAAUCGGAUUUAAUUAACGAAUUUAUUUACCAAUUAUUGGACUCGCAAGAUGCAUGGGGUCGCAUAAAUGUUUGUAAAAAAAAAUAGAUAUUAAACUAAUUAAAAAGACAUGGACACACAUGAAAAUAUCCACCGCUAAACUGAUCUGCCAAUAGAAAUUAAUUAUGUGCUCGACUAGGCUAGGUUUAGUGGAUACUUGAAAUUUUACACAUUCAUAUGAUGAAUGGGAUAUAUAUAUUGUGUUAAAUUUAUUUUAAUUUAUGAAGGACAAAAUAUUUAUUUAUCAUGUUUAAUUCUCAAUAUAAUAAUAACAUAUACUUUAUAAUCUGACAAUAUAGAUCAAUCAAUACAAUGUGAAUAAUUAAUUAUAAUCAACUGGAUUUUUGAUAAGGGAAUGGAAUGGGACACUUGACAAAAUUAUGAAGGAAAAUUUGCAUAUGUGGAUAUACAUAAUUAAGUCAUUUUGGAUUUGUUAUUUUGUGUUUUAAAAAUUGUUUUUGGGCGUUACUAUGCCUUCCAGACAAAACGUAGAAUAUUUUAUGGCUAAGAAAUUCAUAUUUGUAUAAUUGUAUCUGAAAAAGGAAUGGUUCAAAUUGCAUGACAAGUUUAAGAAAUCAAUGGGUUAAUUACUUAUUAAUUGAGUAACAUCCAUAUUUAUUAUCUCCAAGAAAUUCAACACUAUUGGCGGAUCGAUAUAUACUCCGCGCCACAAAACAAGUCCCAUAGACGCGGCGCUAAUGCCUUAAUGACGCUCAUUGUCAGUUGGCGUAUUCGCCUCUGCUGAGUACGAGUCUCCUCUCGGGUAUAUACAGAUGAAAUAGAUUUAUAACGCAACGUCCAUCACAUAUUUAAAAGUAUGUAUUGUAAAUACAUGUACAUUCAAAUCACAAUUAGGGGGUUAAUUUUUAAAUUAAUUUAUUCAAUAGUUUACAUUAUUAUAUUAAUGAAAAUGUCAAUGCCAAAAAAGGAAUUAAUUUAAUGGCGGUCUAAUUGACAUUUUUCUAUGACGCUGUAAAUUUUAGUUCAGGUUUUAGCCAAUAUUCAUAGUCAAUUAUAAAAAAUUUAGUUGUCUCUUCAAUGAUAUCUAAAAUUUUAAUGUUGACAAAAAAAAAUGUUUUUUAUUAUUAUCAUUUAUUUACAUUUGGUUAACUUGUUUUAUUUUAAAUGAAAUCGAAAUAUUUUAAGUUUUGACUGUAGGACCCUGGUGAUCAAUGAACCAUCUCCUUUAUUAGAAAUAUUUAUCUAUUUAUUUAAUUAUUCUACUGAUUGUUCUGCAAAAUGUGUAUAUGUACAAUAGCAUGCAAACUUUAUGACGGUAAGCUGCACAAUUCAAGAUUUUAGAUAUCAGCGGUAACGUAGUCCGGCGGUAUCACCCCGCGCGUGCCUUUCUCACACACGCAGUCGCUUCGCGCGUCGUGACUUCUGUGGUGUGCACAAACAUUUUAACUAGGGUAUGCAUUACUAUAUGCACCUACAAAUCGUACUAAGUGGAAAAUUCAUCGCAUUGCAGCUGAUUUUAGACGUCAUAAAGAUUGCAUAUAACUAUAUCAAUAAUCCACCAGAAAGGUUACAUCACAUUCAUUAAUACCCACAUUGGACACAUUACUGGAUGUUAAAGUUUGGAAGCUUAAUAUUAAACCUAUUUCCUUUCAUUUGUAUUAUAUAUACAGCCCAUAUUCGGCUCACUGCUGAGCGCGAGUCACCUCUCAGAUGAAAUAGUAGUAUUUAUUAAUUAUUUAUAACUCUAACGUCCAUCACAUAUAUAAAAGUAUGUAUUGUAAAUACGGGUACAUUAAAAUCACAAUUAGGGGGUUAAUUUUUUAAUUAAUUUAUUGUUUACAUAAAUUGUAUUAUAGUAAUGAAAUUUAAAUGCCAAAAGAGAAAUUUUAAAGAAAUGAAUUUAAGAAAUGAAUUUAGAUUAAAAUCAUUGUCACUAAAUACAGGCUAUUUUGCGUUUCGUGUGACGUAAUUUUUAGGGUCAUGACUUUUUACGUUCUUGGUUAUAUUAUUAUACUAGUGACUUUGUCCGCGUUGAAUUAAUUUUUUCACAAAUCCCGCUGGAACCAUGGAUUUUAUCGGGAUGAAAAGUAUAUGUGUUAAUUCAGAGUAAUAGUACAUUGGCCGGCAAAGAGAGGCGUUGUGAAUGUGGGCCGAUGCGAAGCCGAGGCAUAAAUACGUAAGUCCAUCAAUGCCUAGUUGCGGCCAAGGCUUGUAUAGUACUUUUCUCAAAUAAUACGCGGACACCAAAAAAAUUUUGCUUUUGAAUAUUGCAAUAUGGGUAUGAAAUUCAAGGGCUUAUCAAGAGGAUUUCGAAAUGGUAUAUCAUGACCAUAUUAAAAAAACCUACAAUUAGAAAAACGUUAUUUAUUAAUCGCUAUAAAAAAUACGCCAGGCGGUUGACUAGGUGCAAGCAGGUUAGGCAGUCGGGUUUUUAAUUUUUUUAAUUAUUAAUUUGUAUUAUUUGAUUACUCCUUAGUGUUAUUUCUUAUGUAAUUUUAUAGUAUGCUUUAUAGUAGAAGAGCCGAAGAGGGGAUUUUUGCAGUUACUCGAGCGCGGCAGAUAAACAUAAGGGACUACCUUACACUUUGUCGAGUACCUCCACCGAGUAUGAGCCCUUAAUAUUGGUGGGUACGUUUAGGGUAACCAAAAAAAAAAACUAACUUCAUAAAUACUCGACCAGCACGUCAGAUUAAGAUAAGGUAGGUGAGUUGAUAGCUAAAAACUGCACAUUUCGAAAAUCUGACGAUUUGAGCGUAACGUAAUGGAAUGGGAGGGUUUCAAAGUUACAAAAUUAAACCCUUAUAUUUUAGUGCUCGAGGUACGAGUGCGAUUAUUUUUUUUACUUAUUUUUAAGGAAAUAAUAUCCUAAUUAAUCGCUAAAAUUUUCUUACGAUUUCAGUAAGCCAAAGUAAUAAAAAUUGUUUUUAAAGUCUGUAGUUUUUUUUUCCACCGCUAAAAGCGGAAAAAGUGAAUAACCAUUUAUUGUUCCUAUAAUUUAAUCUACCAAAUGUAAUCGGUCUCAAUGACGCUCGAGUAACUGCAAAUUAAGCAUCCCGGGCUCCCCUACUAUUAGUAAUGUCGAUGAAUUACGAACCGACUAGUGUGUAGCUACUAAGUAGCCAACUUUAGCUCCAGCAAUAGAAGACCAGUGGGUUAUUGAUGUGUAUUUAAUUAUUAAUUUAUUAAUGUAUUUUCAUCAACUUAACUUGUUUUAUCUGUUAUAAUCGAUAGAUAAAUUAUUAUGCAUGUGGAAAGUUAUAUUACCAAUGUUGGAAAGUUUGUAAUCGAACAAUCAAUUUGAAUGUGCAUGAAAUUCUUAUUUUACAAUAAUUUUAAAUUGUUAUGUGUGUUUAGAAAAUGUUAUUGAUCAAUGUAAUGAUGUUUUACAAAACAAUAUUUCUUUAAAUUUGAAAUUCUGAAAUGUAAAUAUUGUGAUUUAUCUGGAAUUAGUUAACUAGUUAAAAUGUUAUUAAAAUAAUUCACUGUAGGCAUUCUGCAGAUUGUAUGUUCUGAAUUCAGAUAAACGAUGGUUUAUCUGAAUUCUAUGUGAUGACAUAGAUUGGCAUUUCAUUCAGGCAGCAUUAAGGCAGUUUCUCAAACUAAUUUGUUCGCUAUGAAAUCACCUUGAUUGAUUUUCCAUAAAUUGUACUACAACUUGGGAAAUUCGUCCAUUUAAGUACCUAAAUUUUUUAUUGUAACUUAAUCAUUCAUCAUCAUUAUUAACCCAUAUUCGACUCACUGCUGAACCCGAGUCUCCUCUCAGAAUGAGAGGGGUUAGGCCAAUAGUCCACCACGCUGGGCCAAUGCGGAUUGACAGACUUCACACACGCAGAAUUCUCUGGUAUGCAGGUUUCCUCACGAUGUUUUCCUUCACCGUUUGAGACACGUGAUUUAAUUUCUUAAAAUGCACUCAACUGAAAAGUUCGAGGUGCAUGCCCCGGACCGGAUUCGAACCCACGCCCUCCGGAAUCGGAGGCAGAGGUCAUAUCCACUGGGCUAUCACUUGGCAAUAAUAAUAAUAUAGUAAAUAUGUAGCUGGGCGAUUUGUUUUUCAUGCGCGAUUCUUUUGCCUUUGUAAUAGUCUGGCAAGUUCGUUGAUGACACUCCCAUGAUAUGCGGGCGACGGGGGGAAAGUCUGCGUGCGGGGAAGUAAGGUGCAUCAGUCGUCGGUUUCUCUUUCAUCGCUACACGCCCCUCGGCCCGCGCGGCCCAUCGGGAGUGUUACGAACGAAGUUGCCUCGCUAUAAGUACAGUCUCCUGCAAAUUAUCGCUUCACAUGUACUUUAGUGCAAUUUAUUUGAGUGAUUAUUAAAUGUAAGGAAAAUGACCUUGUAAAUAGUAUCCAAGGCUCCUCGACACCUGCAGCUGAGUCCACCUUUGUAUCAUUCUAUGUGUCCUAUCACUGGAUACGUAGCCUCGGAGUUUUUUGUGGCUCCACACAGAAAUCUCGUGUAGAGAAAAAUACAUAGUCGACAAAUAGCGGCUGUAUUGGAUAUCUCUCUCUCUCUUGUGCGAUGGUAAGAAAGAGAUCGAUAUUUUUGGUUAGCCGCUAUUGGUCGACAACAUGUCAUUUUGUCCUCGCGAAAUAUGUCAUAAUAAAUAAUAAUGAUACUUCGUCGGACCGGUGAAUGGAACAAAUAAGUAUUGCAACAAUAUUUCACUAAGAACUUUGAUACAAUUUGAGUUUUGACUGUAUCUUUCUCUCGUUUUUUUAUUGCAAAAACCGCUCCUAUCGUUAACGUACCUAUACAAAUAUUGUAUUCCUCACUUUGUGUAUAUACAAUAUACAUUAUAUAUGUAGGUAUCUAUAUGUAAAUCUUUGUAAGACUAUCUAGUACAAUGCUCGCCACGGAUCUUUAUAUUUGUGAAGUUAGCUGCGGAAUGAGUAUGCGCCACUCACCGCCCGCGCCGUUUGUACCAUUGCGCAGUCAUUUGAUGCUAACUUCACAAACACAGAUCCGUGGCGAGCACUGUAUAUUGACAUGAAGUCGCGGUCAGUGUGCCUAGUGGGAGUAUUCAAUGUUUUCUAACUGUUACUAUCGCGUUAACGUAAAUGCAAAUUUAUAUGGAAUCGAAACAGUUGUGCAGUAGUGCCACUAGAUGGCGCUGUUUCAAUUCCUUAGAAAUUCGCGUUUACGUUACGUGACAGUAACAGUAUCAAACUGCCACUAGGCCCUCUGUAAUCUGAUUACAUACCUACUCAUAUUUUUCGUAUAGUGCAACCAGUGGCGUAGCGUGCCUUGGAGGGGCCCUGUAUCAAAAUUAGUUGGUUGGCCCCAAAUGAAGGGUAACGAAUACUCACAAAAAACGGGUUUGUUUACUUUGUCAUUUCUAAAGUGUAAACUACAGUAUUUUUUACAGCACUAGAUUAAGUAAAAUCUUUUACAAGUGAAGGGGGUAGUCAGGGGUCCCCGUAUCAUUGAUACGGCUGAUACGGCGGUAGCUACGCCCCUGAGUGCAAUAAAGAAUGGUUCAUGGUUUGCACGCGGACUAAGCCGCGGUAAGACGCUAUACUGACUAUAUACAGGAUGCUCGGGAGUUUUCCCAUAACAUCAAGGUGUUGACAAGUCCCGAACGUAUAGGUGCCGAACUGCCAUAACAAAUGUUUUUUGUAACUUAAAAAAAAUCUUUUUUCAUUUUCAUAAAAAGUAAUUCUAAUAAUUCCGACUAUCCAUGGAACACACGCCUUUAUCUAUCCUUGCAUUUUAAAAUACGUAAUCGUAGUGGUGAGACUGUUGAUAUCGACGAGAUAUUGCAACAGGCGCUGCGCACUUCACUAGUAAUGAAUAAGUUUGGCUAGGUCAUAAUAUAAGGAUGCGAUUUAUGGGACGCAAUUUAAGAUCUAUUUUCAAAAGAAAUCAUUUUAGAACACAUGUUCCUUAGACAUUUUUAAUUAAUUUUUCUAUACCCUAUAGUUACGGGAAAUACUCCCGAACACCCUGUAUAGAAAGCUUAAAGGAAACGGUGCACAUGCAAUAAAUAAAGCAAUAAAAUUCUGUAAUUGAAAUGUUAGUGAUAGUUGUUAACAUGAUGUUUUUAUACAAUUAUGAGUAUGCGUAGUUAUGAUCUUACAUUGUAAUUAAAAUUUACGAAUAAAUGUAACUUCUAGCGCCCGUUGUUUCAUAAUAUUUUAAAUAUGUAAUAUUUUUGAUACAAUACUUGAAAAAUAAAAAAAAAGCAUACGAGACAUGUAUUCUACUGGAUAAAACUUCACUGUUGGACCGUUUAUAAACGUUCGAGCUUCCGAUGAGAUCUCUGUACUGGGGCGCCGGACGAUGUUAAGCGGCCGGUGGAUUCUGUCUCAAUUUAGUGAUUAUAUCUUUAGGUUACUGUAAAGAAUUUCUGAUGUCAUCUUUUAAAAGGUAAUUAAAGGUAAAAAAUUA